ACCCUCCAAGUCUCCAUGCCACAUAGCAACACUGUCUUGACGUUUAUGUUGAAAAUCCCUAUUUUGCUCCCGAGUGACAGGGCCGUGGACCUCCACAUCGGGCGCAUUGGCAAUGAGACUGUCAGCUCCAUUGGUCCUGGGCUGUGUGUCCUUGUGGGUGUGUCUCGACAUGAUACUGACACAGAAAUGGACUACAUUGUGAGGAAAAUUUUAAAUCUGCGCCUGUUCAGUGAUGGCAGUGACAAAAGGUGGAUGAAAAGUGUCAUGGAUAUGGAUUAUGAUGUUUUAUGCAUCAGCCAGUUCACCCUGGAGUCUACACUGAAGGGCAACAAACCAGACUUUAGGGAGGCCAUGGCACCCGACCUGGCCCUCCCAUUCUACAGCAAGUUGUUGCAAGCUUUAAAGUCCACGUACAGACCAGAGAAGAUUCAUGAUGGACAGUUUGGAGCUUACAUGCAAGUCCACAUUGAAAAUGAUGGCCCUGUCACCAUUCCCAUAGAGAAAAAGGGAGAACAAGUAGGUUGAGUGAUUGAAGGCAUAUCAAGACAAUGGAUCUUUGUGUAAAUACGUUUUGGAAAACCUUGAAUAAAAACCUUGAAUAAAAACCUUGAAUAAAAACCUUGAAUAAAAGUUGUGUGGGAAUUUGUCCUGUUGAGUAACAUUUUAA